AUGGCAACGUACAGCGAGGAGCAGCUCGAGCUGUACCUCCAGCACAUCAGGUACCCCCGGGCCAAGCACCCGGCCGACAGGCUGCAGCUCCUGACGGGCCUCGUGCGGCACCACCAGGCGCGGGUCCCGUUCGACAGCGUCGCGCUGCACUACUCGCCCACCCGGCUCCUGUCGCUGGACCGGCAGGACCUGUUCGACAAGAUCGUGACAAACAGCCGCGGGGGUUACUGCAUGGAGGUCAACGAAUUGUUCGCGACCGUGCUGAGGACGCUCGGGUUCCAGCUCUACAGCGCUGCCGGGAGGGUAAAACAUGAGAGACUGAGCCACAUGGUGAAUCUGGUCACCAUCGAGGGGAAGAAGUACCUAGUAGACGUCGGCUUCGGCGCCCAGGAGGCAACGCAGCCCAUCCCUCUCGAAGACGGGCACGAGAUCACGACCAUCGCCCCGAUAAGGGGCAGGCUGGAGCUGAAGCAUAUCGGAAAGCAAGUCACCAAGGACGACCCGUCCCAGCGGCUGUGGGUAUGGUCGUCGAGGAAGGGGAGCGAGGCCGAGUGGGAGGACAUGUACUCGUUCUCCGAGGCCGAGUUCUUCGCCGAGGACUUCGAGUGCCUCAACUACUUCGUCAUGACCAGGCCGCAGAGCUGGUUCCUGCAGGCGGUCAUCGCGUACCGGCCGCUCCUGGACGAGGCCACGGGCGAGCUGGUCGGAGAGAGGAUACUGCAUGGGAAUGUCGUCAAGGAGGGUGCCAGCGGGCAGGACCGCAUCAUAGAGGUGCUGGAGACGGAGGAGGACCGGGUACGGGCGCUGGAGAAGUACUUUGACAUCCGACUGACAGAGAAGGAGAAGAGGGGUAUCAAGGGCCUGGUGACUGAGCUCAAAGGGAAGAAGGCGUGA